GGAUAUUGUUUAUGUGGAGGCGAUGUUAUGAGUUUUGCGGUGCGGUGUGGUGCGUUAGUAUCAAGAUGCUGGUUCUGCAUGCGUUCUUCUUCAAAAAGACUUUUGACGAGUGGGAUCACAUCUCUUACAAACGUAUGUUGUAAAAACCCUGAUCUGAUCAAAAUUGCUACCAACGAUUUGGUUUUAAGAGCUAACUUUCUAACGGAAGAAGAAGAGUCAAAUUUAAUCAGUGAACUAGAUUCUGUCCUAUGUAGGCGGAAAUAUCAAACAAAACACUGGGAUUAUGCCAUCAAAGAUUUUCGAGAAUUGGAACGUAAAAGUUGGCGAAGCAUCAACCAACCUGUUAUCAGUCGAUUAAAGGCAUUAGCUGCUGACAGUCUGCUUAUUAAAAAUGCUGGUGAAAAUAUUAAUCAGUCAGUCCUUCCAUUAAUUCAUAUUUUGGACUUAUCUGAAAGCGGAGAAAUAAUGCCACAUGUCGAUAGUGUAAAGUUCUGUGGAGAUUCAGUUACUGUAGUCAGUUUAUUAGCCGACUGUAUCCUACGGUUAGCUGUUGCCCCACAGAGUGAAGUUGCUGGCAUUCCACAUGAUCAAGACGGUUACCUGCGUUCUUUGAAUCUUCCACCAAUCGGUUCAUGGAUAGAUAUUCUUAUUCCUAGACGAUCAGUGUAUGUUAUGCGUCGUGCUCUGCGUUAUCUGUUCACGCAUGCUGUCUUGUCUAAUGAAAAAGUGACGCGUAUGCGAGAUGAACAACCAGUUAGUAUGUAUAAUUUACAUCGUGGACGCCGUGUGUCAGUUAUCUGCCGUACAUAUCCAACCGAGGAUCUUAUUCCCUUUUAUGAUGUCACCAAUGAGCCGUCUAUAAAUGCAAAAACUUAACCUCAUGGUUCAGAAAUUCUACAUAUUCAUGUACAUAUGUGCUUAUGGUUGUAAUAGUGUGUCUAUCGACAAUACAGGUGUUUUUAUUUC